AUGAGUUUAAGUUUAUCAAGAAACGCAUUAGGUGCCAUUGUUGGUGUUGGAACUGCCUCGUACUUCUGGGGAAAAUCGUCAUCCGGAAACGGAUCUGGUAGCACCAGUACAGUAACUGGUCCUGGUAGCAGUUCCGGCGUACCAGCAGUUAAUGGUGGAUCUGGGCAAGGUGACGGGAAGUUGUCUUUGACUGGGAGUAAUGUUGAUCCUGGGGCCUUCUUCAAGUAUGGGUUCCCAGGUCCAAUCCACGACUUGGAAACGAGGCAAGAGUUCAUCUCGUGCUACGACAGAAAGACGAGAAACCCAUACUGGGUGGUAGAACACAUCACACCUGAGUCAUUGAAGGCUAGAGGGGGAGACCGUAAGAAUUCUGUGUUCAAGGAAGAUGAAAGGAUUCCGGACAUGUUCCGUGCGCGUCUCAGAGACUACUUUAGGUCUGGAUACGACAGGGGCCAUCAGGCACCUGCUGCGAACGCCAAGUUUUCGCAAGAAGCAAUGGACGACACUUUUUACUUGACGAAUAUAUGUCCCCAGGUCGGAGAAGGUUUCAACCGGGACUACUGGGCUCACCUGGAGUACUUUUGCAGACAAUUGGUGGACAAAUACAACAGUGUCCGGAUCAUGACUGGUCCCUUGUACUUGCCAAAGAAGGAUCCCAAGGAUGGGAAGUUCAGAGUCACAUACGAGGUGAUUGGGAAUCCACCGAACGUUGCAGUUCCUACGCACUUUUUCAAGCUUGUUGUUGCUGAGAAGCCUAAGAACCAGGCGAACUCUGACGAGUUGCACGUGGCAGCGUUUGUGCUGCCCAACGAGCCAAUUUCGAACUCUACGAAACUAACCGAGUUUGAAGUUCCUGUGAACGCGUUGGAGAGAAGCUCGGGGCUGCAAUUGCUGCAGAACGUUCGGCCAAACAAGAAGAAGGAGUUGUGCAAGCAAGUGAGCUGUCAAAUCACUGUGAGGGAGUUCAACAAGCAGGUGCUAGCCUUGCCUCCGCCAAAGGACGUUCCUGCGCUACCGGGGAAGUGA